AUGCACUUACAUGGUGUCAGCCACAACUACGCCUGUCUGCAGCUCCAGGAGGACAUGCUGAAGCCUCUGUGUACUGUGCUCACCCUGAUGUUGAUGUGUCUCUGUGCAUGCAGUGGCACUAUGCCCGCAGCUACUGUGGAUCACAGCCAAAGAAUAUGUGAGGUUUGGGCCAAUAACCUGGAGGAAGAGUUGAAGAGGAUCAGACAUGUCAUCCGCAAAUACAACUACAUUGCUAUGGACACAGAGUUUCCCGGAGUGGUGGCGCGGCCGAUCGGAGAGUUCAGGAGUAACGCAGAUUAUCAGUACCAGUUACUGCGCUGCAACGUGGACCUACUCAAGAUCAUCCAGCUCGGACUCACCUUCAUGAAUGAGCAGGGAGAAUAUCCUCCAGGGACGUCCACAUGGCAGUUCAAUUUUAAAUUCAACCUCACGGAGGACAUGUACGCGCAGGACUCUAUCGAGCUUCUCACCACGUCAGGAAUCCAGUUUAAGAAGCACGAGGACGAGGGCAUCGAGACGCUGUACUUCGCAGAAUUGUUGAUGACGUCUGGAGUCGUGUUGUGCGACGGCGUCAAGUGGCUUUCCUUCCAUAGUGGAUAUGACUUCGGAUACCUGAUAAAGAUUCUGUCUAAUGCAAACUUGCCCGAGGAAGAGGUCGACUUUUUUGAGAUCCUGCGUUUAUAUUUCCCGGUGAUCUACGACGUCAAGUAUCUCAUGAAGAGCUGCAAAAAUCUGAAGGGUGGUUUGCAGGAGGUGGCAGAGCAGCUGGAGCUGGAGAGGAUCGGCCCCCAGCAUCAAGCCGGAUCAGACUCUUUACUCACAGGAAUGGCUUUCUUUAAGAUGAGAGAGAUGUUCUUUGAGGAUCAUAUCGACGACGCUAAGUACUGUGGUCACUUGUACGGCCUCGGCUCCGGCUCCGCCUACGUCCAGAACGGAACCGGGAACGCCUACGAAGAGGAAGCCAACAAGCAGCAAUCGUGA